CGCUGUGUACCGAAAUGCACACCACCGUAGUGCAAAAAUUCAAUUAGAUUGCUGUGUUGGCUUCAAAUUAUAGCUCAUUAUAUGCAUGUGUUAUGUUUGUUUUAGGGAGGGAUAGACGCCAGCUGCCGCACUAAACUAACCGAAGUGAUCACUAAUGUAAUCUCAGUCUGCUUGCGCACCACACAAUGGACCGCAGGGGCGGAUCCAAAGGGGGGGGAGGUCUCCACAACCAUAUGCUAAGCUAACCUUAUCACUCAACUAAACCUUAGUGUAUGAUGUGUUAAGUUCGUUUAGUGGUAAGUUCAGCUAGUUUAGUGCAGCUUGCCUGCCCCCAAAAUGCAUUUCCUUUGUGAGGUAGGCUGACAUAGGCUUAUUUUAGUGCGGCUGUGGUAGCUAGCGUCGUCUCUCCCCUCACCCCUUUUCCAAACAAAAUAAAAUAACAAUAACAUUUCGAUACAGAGGUGAAGCCAAUUUGUGGAAUUGCCACAGCAGCCAAAACAAUUUUAUCGAGGUCCAAUGAUCGUGAGCCAAUCAGCGGUAUGAGAACGCUGUGAGCCUUCCGCACUGUCAGAUGGCACAGCAGACACAGCGUAAAUCGUUUUGGCAAGAUCGGGACCUGUCGAGAGAAGUUUACUAUCGGCUCAUUCGCCAUCGAAACAGUAAUUUCUACGCCAUGUGUCCACAGAACGGAACUUUGUUGCAGGGUGUGCGAAAUGUACCGUUUCCUUUCAUCGUUUCCCGAGGGACCGCACGAUGCACAAGAAGUGGAUCAUUGCCAUUAGGAGAGACGAGGGCAAGGACUUCCAGGUAACGAAAUUCACCAAGGUGUGCUCCAAGCACUUUUGCGACUGCGAUUUCGUUCCCGCUGUUGCUAGUGGCCACAGCCUCCUUCGAGAGACAGCUGUCCCUUCCGUGUUUGCGUUCACGAAAAGGCGUAGCACUCGCAAGCCACCAAAGCAUCGUGCCCGGCCACCAUGCAGUGCCAAGGCACAAGAUCAGAUCGAAAGAAGUGAUCAGACUCUUCAGACACAGGAGUCUGGAGCCUGGUCUGACGGCACUAAGAACUACGUUGAUGUGAAUGCCUCAGCUAGCUUUGACACGGAUGCUGGAAGGCCAGCGGAAGAAACAAGCUCCGACACCUUGAGUGCUCAAAAGGUAAAAUGUCAGGGGUCUGGAGCAUGCUCUGACAGCACUGAGAACUACGUUGAUGUGAAUGCCUCAGCUAGCUUUGACACAGCUGCUGGAACGCCAGCGGAAGAAACAAGCUCCGACACCUCGAGUGCUCAUAAGAACGCUUUAAGGAGUCCGACGACGACAUCAUGCUGUACACUGGGUUGCCAGGAUACGGACGCUUCAAGGUCUCGCUCGAUUUUCUGGAUCCGGGGAAGAAACGGUCCAGUGUCUCCCGUGCAGAGAGUGAUCCUCCAGGAUAGGGUCGCAAAGGAGAGCUCAGCGCUGAAAAUGAACUCUUCUUGGUGCUGGUGAGACUGCGCCUGGGUUUGUUUGAGGCAGACCUUGCUCAGCGGUUCUUCAUCACACGGUCCAUGGUAUCCAGAAUAUGCGAAUCGUGGAUAAACUUCAUGUACGUCAGGCUCGGCGCUUUGCCUCUCUGGGCAUCGAGUGAUGUCAUACGUGCAACGAUGCCCGUGGAGUUCGCUGAAAAAUAUGCGUCGACGAGGGUUAUCUUGGGCACUACAGAACAGCACACGUUCAAUGUACAAGGGUCUCAUUGGAGUGCCUCCUAGUGGUCUUGUGACAUUUGUCCCUGAACUCUUUGCAGGUUCCACUUCAGAUCGAGAGUGUGUAUUAAUGAGUGGUCUCCUGGACCUGGACUUUGAGAAAGGCGAUGCUGUAGUGGCCGAGAAACGUUUCCUCAUUGCGGAUCUCUUGGAGGAAAAGGGCGUAAAGCUAAACGUUGUGCCUCCACCUCUAAGAAGUGGCACGUUUUCUAGGGGUGAAGUGCAGCAAAUGAAAGAGAUUGCUUCGUUACUAAUGCAAGUGGAACGAAGGAUACAAAGAAUCAAAGGGUAUCGCAUUUUUGACAGACCGAUACCUCUUACCUUGGCUCCAUUUAUUAAUCAGAUUUGGACCGUAGCAGCAGUCCUGACAAAUUUUCAAAACCCUCGAAUUUAAACGUGAACAAACGAUUGCUCGGGAGACUGUUUAGUGGGAGAGACACUCUAUAGGUAAAGGAGAGAACAUGGUUGCCGAAAUCAUUGAGCCUUUGGUUUCUGCUGUCUGAAAUUUCUAGCUGAUACAAGGCUGUGCAACUUGUCCAUCUUCAAACUAAAUAUUGCUAGAGUACUAUAAAAAAAAAAACACAUGACCUCUCCGGGUACUGACUGAUGAUGUUACUGAGUACAAUCCCAGACAACACAGAUGCGUACCAGGGACGUCCCAGGUAUGCCUCCAUGCGGAUGUUGCAGACAUCCCAGAGAGGACCGCAGUUGGUUCCAUACACGUCACUGGGAGAUCUGAAUGAAACUCCAAAGUACGUAACAGUGACGGUCCCAUAGACGUCCCUCGAGAUCUCUAAAGGAUUUCUGAGGGACUUCUCCGGUACCUCAAGCCCACGCUGGUAGAAGGCUUCACAGCAUAGCAUAUUUGCUCUGCAGAGGUGCUAGCCUCAUCUGCUGAUUGUUCUCUAGGGUCAUCGGUAUCCGGUGCGCGUAUUUACGAACUCCACACUGUUAGUGUGUACGCUAUAAGGAAACCACAUUCGCUUUUAUACAGGGAAAAACUGUCAGUUUAUUGGUUUCAAAUAUAUUUGAGCUUCAAAGGAACAAAAUAUCACACUGCACAGUUCCUAUAGCAAUCCAAAAUCCUACAAAUCACAUUUACUUGGAACAUUGCACAGACGAAAAUGACAUGUGCAACACCGUAAGCAUGACAUCACAUUUGCGUAAAGAGAACAGUUUGGCUUGUCACAGCCAGUGAUUCGUUCCCCGGUCAGCCUCAUUACGGCACAGUGAAUCACUAGACAGAGACGGGACACCGGUUAUGUUAAAAGGCAAGUCGAAUUGAAUUCAGAAGUUGAAGCCAAAAAGGUAAGGUGUGGCACUGGUAUGCCCAAAUAAGAGCACUUGUAGCAAACUAUGCGUAUAUCGACAUACAGAUACAAGCAAAUUAAUAUAAUGCCGUUUCUGAGAUUGCCACAAAGAUCCAUAGAGAAUUUUUGUACGCACAAGUUCUGUCAGCUUCCACACUAAAAAAAGAUAGGAACGAUAGCUUGCACAUCCACAGCACAUUUUCGCUUGAAAUGUGAAGUUUUAUCUAUAACUUUUGUCACAAAUUACAAGCAAUUUAAUAAUUUUCUCGUGCUGAGAAAUUAAAUUUUCAAAAUUACAGUUCAAAAUUUGCCGUGUUAGUAUCAGAUUUUUACACCAUGAAUCCAGAGCUGAUGUCUGAUAUAGCGUGUCCCUAUAAAAAUACACAGCUUACUACAAAGGCAAUUUUAAUAGAUUUUUCUAACGCGCAAGGCAACAUAUGCUUGUCUCAUAAGCGAGUGGUGCAGUUUUCAACUAAGUAACCGAAACAAAGCUAUGUAUCUGAGUACACACAGUUUAAAUGUCCUCUUUGUUGCUUCCAUGUGCUGCUCCUGAUUUGUGACUUUCCUGAGUUCGCGAUGCGUGGUGCAGUCACAACAUAGUUGUCUAUUUCAUUUCCCUCCCAUGAAGGUAGCGACGCUAGAGGCACCGGGAUCUUCGUGAGGUAACCUGACAACAAACAAAACCGAGACGUAAUUAAAUAUUUAGAUCAUAUACUUCAUAGUUUUUUUUCGUUCCAGGGCGAUAUACAAAAUGUUUUGUUAUUGAGAAUACAAUUUAAAAAAAAGAAAAAAAGAAGAGCUACUUAGAUACCGCUUGGGGCGAAAACCUGUAUGUACAGCUUAAAACAAAAGUUCACGGAACACCAGGGUGUCGCGUUUCUCCAAUGGAGCGACAACUUAGCAGCAAAAAGGAGUGGACAUACAUACUGAGAGAUGGGUAGAAUAGCUCGCCACCUGUCCCUAUUCGACCGCUUCGUGAUAGCUAGCAGGAAAGCGCUCCGAUGAAGAAAUACGCAGGUGCUGUGUUCCGUAAACUUUUGUCCCAAGCUGUACUUAUACUGUCCACAUAGUAUGCAUAUACACACAGAAAAUAAAUAUAUUUCAUUAUUUAGCUUAUACAGAUUGCUCUGAAACAGUACAGGAGGUAAACAUGCCCAGUUUGCAAGCCUCACGUGGUAAUACAGGUCAGUGGCAUGCCAAAUGGAGCUCCUGCAAGCAGGGACACAUUUGGAAUCCUAUCACAAAUUUAAUUACCUUGGCAUUGUUGAUCUGCUCAUGAAAAAAAUUCCCAUACGGGUCGUACAGUAGUUGUUCAUUGGGAUGCUCCAGGACAGGCCGCUGUGAAAGAACUGUUGUGGUUACCUAUAUAGAUAGGAAAAUGUUAAGAAUUGCAUCACUGGGUGCUCUGCUUGGGAUAGAAAUGAAAAAGCGGGACACCUUGUAGAUGACGCUGACUUGUUCCUCUGAACUGAGAAGAUGGAAGUGAGUAAUCUUCUGCUGAGAGCAAUCUUAAAGUGCAUAGGACAGAGGAGAGUCAGUUACCCCUGGCAUAGCAUCCUUUUUGUCGUACUGGAAGCUAGCUUACGCUAUCCAUGUGUACAUGCUGAUUCCCACGCAAUGAAUGCACUGGCUCUGGUUUACCUGAAAUUAGAGAAAGAGUACUACAGCUUACCGUGUGUGCGUUCAGGCCAAAAGCUUGUGAUGGAUAGCAGGCUGCUGUAACUUGGCAAAUCCUUCAUUGACUGAUCCCCUGUAAUGACAUUCAACGUGUUACGGUGCACGAUACAUGUUUGUUACAAGCCAGUGUUUUCAUACUAUUUGUAUUUGAUAAUAAAACUCAGUGUCAGUCUAACUUACAGUGUUGUUCUGGACUCGGCCAUUGGUAGCGAUUUCUCAAACAACUUCUCAACUUAGCAACUUGUCAAACAUCUUCAUAACGAACCCUGAAACUGUGGAAAAACACACUAAACGCUCUUUACGUUGUCAAACGUGUUCGCUCUGAACUGCCAGAAAAUUAUGUCCCGUACGAUGCAAAACUUCACUGCAUUAUGAAAAACAGAACCC